UUCCAACUCGGAGUAACGUCGUCUCGCAACUCAGUUCCUCCCGAGUCGAGUCGCGAUUCCGCUCCGACGCGGCGCCGGCCAUGGCUUCGGUCCACGCCACAGCUCCUCAGAGGUUCCCUUCCUUCCCCAGAGUAAAACAAGCGGCGCCUCAUCCCAAAACAGUCGCCGCCCCCAAUUUCCACCGCGCGCCGAAGCUUCCGCAGAGUUCGGUUUUCUCGAUAAGCCGACGGAGAGAGAAUUGGGCGUUGAAAUCGGCGGCGGACGAGCUGGAUGUUAUCCCGGUGCAGACCGCGGAUUGUACGGACCAGCAAGAGGGCGUUGUGGUGAGCCGGGUGGAGAGGGAAGGCGUGGAGGGAGAGCUGGGGAGUCCCGUAGGGGGAUUCGGUGAGCUCUCGUUGGGUGGCGCUGGUGAAAUUCAGGGGUUUUCUUCUUCUGGUUCUGUUGGAGACGGCGGUGGAGGAGGGAACGAGGAAAUUGAGAGGCUGAUGAUUGAUCGGAUUAUAAAUGCUACAAUUGUUCUGGCGGCGGGUUCUUAUGCUCUCACCAAAUUGCUCACCAUUGAUCAAGAUUAUUGGCAUGGGUGGACACUUUACGAAAUACUGAGAUAUGCCCCUCAACACAACUGGAGUGCUUAUGAGGAAGCUCUUAAGGCUCACCCAGUUCUUGCUAAAAUGGUGAUUAGUGGAGUUGUAUACUCUCUUGGAGAUUGGAUUGCUCAGUGUUUUGAAGGAAAACCUCUAUUUGAAUUUGAUCGAACGCGCAUGUUCAGAUCAGGCCUUGUUGGCUUUUCUCUACAUGGUUCCCUUUCCCACUAUUACUAUCAUUUCUGUGAGGGUCUUUUUCCUUUUCAAGAUUGGUGGGUAGUUCCUGCUAAAGUAGCAUUCGACCAAACGGCAUGGUCAGCAGUUUGGAACAGUAUUUAUUUUGUGGUAUUAGGAUUCCUGCGGCUCGAGUCCCCUGUUUCUAUAUUUAAUGAACUAAAGGCGACAUUCUGGCCUAUGCUUACCGCGGGUUGGAAACUUUGGCCAUUUGCUCAUCUUAUCACAUACGGAGUUAUUCCAGUAGAACAAAGACUCCUGUGGGUUGAUUGCGUAGAGCUUAUUUGGGUGACCAUACUCUCCACUUAUUCGAACGAGAAAUCGGAGGCUAGAAUCUCUGAGGUAGCAACAGAUUCCAGUUCGGAUUCUCUUCCCACAGAUUCAACUCAGGGGUAAGCUUGCAGGAAAGACCAUGUACAGAUCUGAAGAUGAAACCAUUUGUUGCUCGGUUCAACUUGAACGUUGAAGAGUAUGAUCGACUCUCCACAUGGACUGCGAUCCGAAAUGGUAUACUCUACAUGUAUAAAUGGAAUUGCAGCUGCCAAUCUUGAUUGUUGUAUGUUGUCUAGAAAUCUCUAAACUUGAUUGUAAAUGUCACAUUACCUGUCCAAUUUUCUCCUUUGAUAGCCUUACCACCAACUGUAAUAUAGCGAAAAUAUAUCAAAAUCUUCCACUCAUUGGUUCUUCAAGGUUUUUCCAUGGUGCUAAGAACCUUCUUAACUUUUAAGUCAUCAAACACUGCAGCUGUGGGGUCAAUGGAGCUGACGAGAACCGCCAAGGCGCCAAGUCCAAGGUAUACUUAGAUGUUGUAGAGAUUAUAGGUCAAGUCAUGGUAGCUACUGAUUUUAGAUAUUAGAUAUCUUACGAGUUUUCUAAUACCAAUGGUCGUAGAAUCAAGUGGUUAGUUCAUGAGAUUAGUUGAAAUGUAGGUGAAACAACUCGAAUCGAUAGCAUCAACCCUAUCUUUAUGCUAUUAUUCGUUUUUUUUUUUUUUUGACCUAUUCCUUUCUUAAGAAGCUCACUGUAUUAUCUGGAAUGUAGAGGAUAUUUCUUUUGGAUGAGGUAAGGAACGAAUAGGAUCUCAUUGAACAUUGAGACCCCACAUGUAGUACAAAGCAGCACCAUUAAUAUUCUA